CCUCCCACCACCAAAAUGCUCCCCUCUCUCGCCCUCCGCACCCUGCGGAGCCUCGUCUCCCAACCAACAACAAGAACGGCCACCGCCAAACUGACGGCAUCCCUCCCAAGAAAGACCCUCCUCACCCCGUUCCAACCCACCCUCCGCACGCCGUCCGCCCUCGCCGCCCUCUCGUCUUCCCGACAAUUCUCCACCUCCCCCCUCCUCCAAACAACAUACAACCAAGUCCGCCGCGGCUGCCGCACAUCGCAGAAGGCGCGCCGCGCGCGCUCGCCCGCCCUCAAGCUGCGGCCCCAGAUGAAGGGCGUGUGUUUGAAGACGGGCGUUACGAAGCCCAAGAAGCCUAAUUCGGGUGAGAGGAAGACGGCGAGGGUGCGGUUGAGUAGUGGGAAGGUUGUCACUUGUUAUAUUCCUGGGCAAGGCCAUAAUGUCCAGCAGCAUAGUGUUGUCAUGGUUCGUGGCGGUCGUGCGCAGGAUUGUCCUGGUGUGAAGUAUACUUUGGUGAGAGGUGCUUUGGAUCUGGGUGGUGUUUCCAACCGUCUGACAAGCCGCUCCAAGUACGGUACCAAGAAGCCCAAGAAGGAGUAACCGUAACUGCAACACUCUGGGCAGAUAGAUGCGUUAGGAUGCGACGGUGUUUUUGUAUCAUUUUUUUU